AUGUCUGAAUUUAAUUUUAAUCAACAUCGUCAACAAUUUAUCGAUAAUAUUAAUGAAACUCAUAAUGUUUUUAAUGAUUCUUUAGCUCUUAUCCAACAUUAUAAAGCAAUAAUUUCUACUUAUGAAACACAUAAUCAUUAUUUAGUAAAUCUAUAUAAUAGAGCUUACGAAUAUUUUGGCAUAUUUUGGGAAGUUUUUGUUGAAAAUAAUGAAGAUUAUGAUUAUUUUGAAAGAGAAGUAAUUAAUCAUAAUCCAGAAAAAGGUGAAGAAUUAGUUGAAAUUAAGGAAAAAACUAAAGAAAAUGUUGAUAGAAACUUAAACUUCAAUAGACAAACUAUCAUUUCAAUAAGUAAUGAUGAUGAUAGUACAUGUAGUUGUAUUGAAUAUAGAGGUAGUUGUGAGGAUUGUUUUCUUAAAAAGUUUAAAUCUGAAUAUGAUUCAGAAGAUAAUUUUGAUUAUAAUGAGUAUAAUGAAGCUUAUCAUAACAUCUUUAAUGAUGAAGAGAGAGAAUAUAAUGAAAAUUAUCAUACUGCCAAUACGAAUAAUUUUAAUUAUGAAAGUGAUAAUGAUGG